AUCCAACGUCCUCGACACUCUCCCCGGCGGCGACUACGCCGAUGGCUUCGAGCGCAGCGUCGACCUGCUGCUGCGCUUCUUGUCCGACAAGUCGGCGGGGGACGCGGCGCUCUUAGAUGAGAUCAUCUAUGCCAACUUCCGCGGGUUCGGCGGGCUGGGCAACGACGCCGACGGAGGGGUGUCAGGGUUCGUCGCGAAGAACGUGGUGUAUCGAUCAGGGGACGGGCACGCGGCCAUGUACGCCGCCAUGAAGAUCCGGCUGGAGGAUGUGCGCCUGCGGUACGGCGACGCUGCUGCCUGCCUGGCCGACGUCGACUUCAUGGUUCCCCAAGACAACUCAUGCAAGCUCGUGGAGGUUUUGCAAACGAGCACGACGGGAAACCUCUGCGGCAAGGGGCGCGGCAGCGCGCUGUUGGCGCACGGCGUGGAGAAGAGGGCGGCGGCCCCUGCUGGCGACUCGGGCGACGAGAGCGAGCCGCGUUGA